AAGUGGAUAUCAUUGUCUCAUUAUCGAUUCUGUAGUGAACACACAGCAAUCUAGUAGCCAGUCAUCGCAUAACGGUCACUGAAACGCGUCGUUCACUAUCUCAAUUUCUUUAAUUUCUUUCCCCUCAAAACUGAUUUGAGUUUGUAUCGAAAUGGCGUUCCAUUUUACGUCCUUGAUCGCGUUCGGUUGUUUAUUGCUCGUAGCCGCUUCGCCAAUCAAUGCUGCCGCCAUUGAUAAUUCUGUGGCAGAGCCCCGCAUACGCAAUACGGAUGAGCUGCUCACCACAAUUGUGGAUAAGUGUUUCCAUGCCAAUGGACUGUAUUGUUUGAAAGAGAAAGUUUUGACCUAUUUGGAUGGUGUGGCCGGAGUCGAGGAGGAUAUUAGUGGACGCGCUUUCAAUGAAGAUAUCAUCGAUAAAGUGAUCGUCGAUCGUGUUGGCCGAAUCUUAAAUAACAAUGAAUUCCGCCUGCGCUUGCCCGAAACCGGAUUCGGCAGCUCAAUCGUCAGCUAUAGUACUGCGCGCGGUUUUGACGUGGAAGUGCCCGAGACUGGAGCUCGCGGCGAGAAGAAGAAGGAUAAAUUGCUCCUUCCUCUGUUGUUGCUCAUGAAACUGAAGUUGAAGGUCGUCAUGCCAAUUCUUUUGGGUCUGAUUGGACUCAAAGCAUUCAAGGCUUUGAUUUUGUCGAAAAUCGCUAUUAAACUGGUACUUGGCUUCCUUAUCUACAACUUGAUCACCAAAUUAUCCGGUGCUAAAAUGAUGAUGAUGCCGGCACCCAUGCCAGCGGCCGAAUACGGUCCACCCAGCACUACCGCCUCUUCAUACGACCCAAGCAGCUGGGAACCAGCCAGCGGUGGCCCAUAUGCCCGCUGGGACUCACAGAGCCUCGCAUACAGCUCAUACCACCCCAGCUCUAGCUCAUACAACUCCGGCUCCAGCUCCACUGGUUCAUCGUCCAGCUACAGCUCAUCAUCGUAAAUGAAAGUAAACACAGCACAUCUAGAAUUUUUACUCCAAAAAUUUAUUCGGUGGACCUUAUCACACCAACCUGUACA